AGCGGGCAGCAUACUUAGAAACAAGUUUAUUGAAUUGUCCUGUUGCAUGCAAACUUCUAUACUCAAUGUGGUUUGGUUGGUCACUGACGGUUAGUUGCAUUAAUUAAGACCAGUUGGGUCUCCAAGGAGACGGGGACAUCAGAGGAAAAUAAGUCGCACCCAACUUACUUUUCUGACUCAUCACACACAAUGUUUGCAGAGCCAUCAUCUGCAGAGAUUAAAAUACAUUUGGCGAGGUACGAGUUUGUUUGGUCCUCAAUUGUGCCAUUUUGUUCUUACGACAUCUUACUUAGGCUGAGUAAUACCGUAUUACUUUUCCACAUGAAGUAUGCUGACCCCUUAAGCUGUAGGGCGUACUAGAAAUACGAUAGCAAAGCAUUAAAAUGUGUCUUGAAUAUGUCAUGUCUUGGCUGUCAUAGAGCCACCAACAAAUUGGGACAGGAUGGAUAAAAAGACUCUGAAAAUAGUGGAUCUGUCUCCAAGCUCCGAACAGUACAAACGGGUUCAGGCAAAUUUCCUGCAAACAUCCAAAGUUCCCAAUACGGCAACCUCUGCAACAUUUACAGUGGUCAAGAUACAGAGGAUUCAGAGCAAAGACCAAUGGCAGAUAUACGCUGUGAAAAAACAUAUGCUUGAAAAGAAAUAUCCCCGUAACAAGAAUGAGAUGGACCUUUACCACGGCACUACAGCUGAGAUCUGCCAAAAGGUCAACAGCAAUGGCUUCAACAGAAGCUUCUGUGGAAGAAACGCCACUCAGUACGGCAACGGAACCUAUUUUGCCAAGCAAUCCUGGUACUCGUGCGACGACACGUACUCUAACCCGGACGCCCAGGGGCUGAAGUACAUGUACCAGGCUCGGGUGCUGGUGGGGAUGCCCUGCCUGGGGACUCCUGGCAUGGUGGAGCCGGCCCCCCUGGACCCCAGUAACCCCUACUCCGGCCUCCACGACUGUGCAGUCGAUAACGUCCAGAACCCCUUCAUUUAUGUGGUGUUCAGCGAUGCAGGGGCAUACCCCGAUUACCUCAUCAGCUUCAAGGAGUCUUGAUAAGGGUUAGGGUAAGGGUUUCUUGACAAAGCUGCACUCCACCAAGCAUUAUUUAAAAGGAUAAGUGUAAUUACUCAAAUGUCAUUCAAAUGGACUGCCAUAUUCAAACUCUUCUAAGUAAAACAAUCAUGGGAGAAUAUUUUUAUCAGGUAUUGCUUCGUCAAUCCUUUUUUUUAUCUUUUCCCUUUUAUAUAAUCCAAUUGAUAAUACAAAUGACAUUUAAAUUGAUCGUCCUACUUUACUUGUUCUGUUGACACUUUUCUCUUAAACAAAUGUGUUGAUCCUGUUGUUUUAAUGUGAACAAUCCAAGGUCAGUAUAUAGCAAGUUAAAUCACAAUAUGCCGCAAUCUAUUAUAAUUGGCUUCUUUCUUUUUACUGCGAAAAGCUGUUGCAAUCGAUCAUAGUGCACCUCGAAUCAUAUCUAAACAAUAUUUCAAAUAAAGCAUUUAACCAUAAA